GGAUUUGGGGAUGCUGACAAUAGCCUGAAAGUGUUGCAUGAGGAGCAGCUGAGGAGGAGGAAGCGGAAGCGAAGGCGUGGGUGGGGGCGUGGGUGAAGGGCUUGGAAAGGAGGCAGAGCUUGCAGGAGGCUGCAGAAGCCGACUGGGCCUAAUAACGAGCAGGACUUUCCUGAGUUUUCGGGGGCAUCAUUGAGUCUGCAGCAGGGUGCAAGAGGACGGUGCUGCCUGAAGGAUUGCACCUGUUCUUACACACACCCCGUGCUAGCCUGAAGGACUCUGGGCUGCUGCAUGCUUUGGCUAAAGAGCAAGAUUGGCCCCAAAGCUCUCAGCAACCAGUGAGUGUUGAGCUGGGGAAGAGGAAAGUUUCUCCUUGCCAUUCCUAUUGAACUUCUUUCCUUUCUACUCCUGUUUGCAAGGAGACCAAAGGGCCAGUUCAGAGGAUACUUUUCAAGGUAAAUGUUGGGAGAGGAAGAAUGAUAGAAACCCAAUGGAUGGAGCAGCUAGAUGGGGGAAAAGGAAACAAGAGAAACUAAAAACUGGAGGAAACUGGGAGAACAGGAAUGAAUCCAACGCUUUUCAGCAUGUAAUCUAGCAAAUAACACAGCAAGCAGGAGAAAGAAACCUGUGUCCUCCGUGUAGGAAAAGCUUCUCUACUGAACCCAGCUUUCAAUCUUAGAAGGAAAUGAAUGCAAGGAAGAACCCACAUAAAUGCCUGGAAUGUGGAAAGAGCUUCAGCACAAGUGGAUAUCUUCUUAUACACCAUAGAACCCACACUGGGGAGAAAUCAUAUAAAUGCCUGGAGUGUUGAAAGAGCUUCAGCACAAGAGGAGCUCUUACUGUACACCACAGAACACACACUGGGGAGAAACCACAUAAAUUCCCGGAGUGUGGAAAAAGCUUCAUCAAGAGUGGAGAUCUUACUGUACACCACAGAACCCACACUGGAGAGAAACCACAUAAAUGCCUGGAGUGUGGAAAGAGCUUCAGCACAAGAGGAGCUCUUACUGUACACCACAGAGCCUACACUGGGGAGAAACCACAUAAAUGCCUGGAGUAUGGAAAGAGCUUCAGCCGGAGAGCACAUCUUAUUAUACACCAUAGAACCCACACUGGGGAGAAACCACAUAAAUGCCCGGAGUGUGGAAAGAGCUUCAGCAAGAGUGGAGAUCUUACUGUACACCACAGAACCCACACUGGAGAGAAACCACAUAAAUGCCUGGAGUGUGGAAAGAGCUUCAGCACAAGUUCAUAUCUUAUUGUACACCACAGAACCUACACUGGAGAGAAACCACAUAAAUGCCUGGAGUGUGGAAAGAGCUUCAGCACAAGAGGAGCUCUUACUGUACACCACAGAGCCCACACUGGGUAGAAACCACAUAAAUGCCCGGAGUGUGGUAAGAGCUUCAGCACGAGUGGAGAUCUUACUGUACACCACAGAACCCACACUGGAGAGAAACCACAUAAAUGCCUGGAGUGUGGAAAGAACUUCAGCACAAGUAGAAUACUUACUAUACACCACAGAACCCACACUGGAGAAAAACCACAUAAAUGCUUGGACUGUGGAAAGGGCUUCAGCCAGAGAGCACAUCUUACUGUACAUUGUAGAACACACCCUGGGUAUAAAACACAUAAAUGCCUGAAGUGUGGAAAGAGCUUCAGCACGAGGCCACAACUUACUGUACACCAUAGAACCCACACUGGGUAGAAACCACAUAAACCUCAGAAGCAUGGUGGAACAGUGAGAACCAGUGAGACACUGUUAUCCCUGGAUAUAAAUUCUAUAGAAAAGGCAGGGAGGGGUGCCUUGGAGGGGGUGUAGCACUGUAUGUUAAAGAAGGGAUAGAAUCUAACAAGCUAGAAAACCUAGUUGGGCUGGAGUCCUCCACAGAAACCCAUACAAGUCUGAAAAGGAACGUGCUACCUGGGACGUGCUAUUGCCCUCUGGAUCAAAACGCUGACAGCGACUGGGAGUUGCAGGAGGAAAUGAGGGAGGCAUCAAGGAGAGGCAGGGCUGUAAUAAUGGGUGACUUCAAUUACCCACACAUAGGCUGGGUAAAUUCAGUCAGGUAAUGACAAAGAGGUCAAAUCAGAUACGCUGAAUAACUGUGCCGUAGAAGAGUUGGUCUUGGAACCAACCAGAGAGAAGGUGACCUUGGACUUAAUCCUGAGUGGCAGUGGCACCCAGGACCUGGUGUGUGAUGUCAGUAUCAUCAACCCUUUUUAGGGAACAGUGACCAUAGUGUGAUCAAAUUCAGCAUACAUGUGGGGAGAGAAUCACCAAGGAAGUCUAACACAGACAUUUUGAAUUUCAGAAGAGAAAACUUCUCCAAAAUGAGUAUGGUGAAAAGAAAGCGGAAAGGGAAAAUCAGGAGAGUCACUUGGCUACAGAGUGUAUGGAGUUUACUCAAAAUCACAGUACUAGAAGCCCAGUUAGAUUGUAUACCCCAAAGGAGGAAAGGUACCGCUAUGUCCAGGAGGAUGCCAGCAUGGCUAACAUUCGACAACAAUGUGCAAAAACAUGUAUGAAAAUGUACUACAUUAUCAUUAAUGGAUUCUGAAUACAGAAUCUGGAUCCCCUGUGUACCAAACACAGAUCAAGUGCUAUUUAGCCAUCCAGAGCAUAGGCUAGAAGUUCAAACUCUCCAGCUCACAAGGAAGCCAUAAAAGGGAAGAAGACUUUCUUCUGAAAUUGGAAGGCCUGUCCAAAUGAAGAGAACAGAAAGGAACACAAACUCUGACCAAAGAAAUGCAAGGUGACAAUAAGGGAGGCAAAAAGAGAGUUUGAGGAACAUUUAGCUAAAAAUCUGUUUGGCCUGGCCUUCCAGGGUUUUGAAUUAGUUUUAAUUGUUUUAAUGCUGUAACCUGGUUUUCAGGGUUUUUUAAUUGUUCUGAUGGUUUAAUUGUUUUUUUAAUGAUGUUUUAAAUUGUUAAUUGAUGUCUUACAUUGUUUAUAGUUCUGUUUUAACUGUUAUUGGUUUUAAUGGUCUUGUUUUAAUUGUAAACUGCCCUGAUCCACUUUGGAAGGGCAGUAUAAAAAUCGAACAAAUAAAUAAACUAUUAGAAAAAAUGAA